AUGCACAUUAGAGGAACACCAUUCCAGAUCAUCACAGUUAUUUUAAACUCUGCUACAUCCUGCAAAAUUUUGGGUAACUUUAAUUUACCUGAUAUUGUAAUAAAAGGUGACAUUAUGAUUGGUGGAUUAUUCCCAGUCCAUGACAAGGUUUUAGACCCAGACCUGUCAUUCUCUUCUAAACAUGAUUCAAGUCAGUGUGCCGGCUUUAAUUUCCGGACUUUUCGUUGGCUACAAACCAUGAUUUUCACAAUUGAUGAAAUAAACAGAGACAAUCAGCUCCUUCCAGAUAUUCAGUUAGGUUAUAAAAUUUAUGAUUCAUGUAAUACCCACUUUCAUGCUUUAAAAGCUGCAGUUACACUCAUAAAUGGAAGGAAUGAUACAGUCUCUGAUCUCAACUGCUCACCCAGUAUACCUGUAAUUAUUGGUGAUGGUGGAUCCACUUUGUCGAUUGCAGUAGCCAGACUUCUAGGAGUUUUCAAAGUCCCACAGAUCAGUUAUUUCUCUAGUUGUGCAUGUCUGAGUAAUAAAGAAGAGUACCCUGCCUUUCUGAGGACUAUACCCAGUGAUUUCUUUCAAGUCAGCGCCUUGGCUCAGCUUGUGAAGCACUUUGAGUGGAACUGGGUUGGUUCAAUAGCAGGUGAUGAUGACUAUGGUCGAAUUGGCAUUCAGAUAUUUAAUGAAAAACUGAAGCAGUUUGGAGUGUGUUCUGCUUUUACUGAAAUAAUUCCAAAGAAUCAUGCACUUAAUAAAAUUGUUCAAAUUGUGCAGACGAUUAAGUCAUCUAAUGCAAAAGUCAUCCUUGUGUUUUCUCUGGAACAAGAUGCUCAUGCCUUGUUUCAGGAGGUCUUGCAGCAGAAUGUGACUGGAAUUCAAUGGCUAGCUAGUGAAGCGUGGAUUACAGCUGCCUUGUUGUCUACUUCUGAAUACCUCAAAAUUCUUGGUGGUUCUAUAGGAUUUGCAAUUCGAAGGACUGAUAUUCCAGGAUUAAGGGAAUUUUUGCUAAAGAUUCACCCAUCUGCUGCAAAUGAGAAUCCGUUCAUUAUUCCCUUCUGGGAACAAAUGUUUGAUUGCACUUUCCAAGACAUUAAUAAUAAAACGGCAAAAAAAAAGACUCCAUGCAGUGGAUUUGAAAAUUUGACUUCAAUACACAAUAUUUACUCUGACGUGACACAGCUGAGAGUAUCAUAUAAUGUGCAUAAGUCUGUGUAUGCAAUUGCUCAGGCGCUUCACAAUAUGCUGUCUUGUGAAAAUGGCAAAGGACCAUUUGUGAAUAACACUUGUGCAAAUAUGUCAAGUAUCAAGCCGUGGCAGCUGUUGUAUUAUUUAAAAAAUAUUCACUUCACUAAUAAAUAUGGAGAAAUAAUCAGUUUUGACAAUAAUGGUGAUCCAGUCCCAGCCUAUGACCUCAUAAACUGGCAGGAAGGAACUGAUGGCUCAGUACAUUAUGUCACGGUAGGAAGGUUUGAUGGAACUGUUAAUCUAAGCCCCAGACUGGAAAUCUACGAAGAGAGUAUUAUAUGGAAUGGACAACAAAGACAAAUUCCAAAAUCUGUAUGUAGUGAAAAUUGCCUGCCAGGAACAAGGAAAGGUAUCAGACCAGGGUUUCCUAUUUGUUGCUUUGACUGUAUACUUUGUGCAGAUGGGGAGAUUAGCAAUGAGACAGAUUCAGUAACCUGCAUAAAAUGUUCUCCAUAUUAUUGGUCUAAUAAGAAAAGAGACCAGUGCAUCCCAAAAGACAUAGAAUACCUUUCAUUUACAGACACUAUGGGCAUCUCCUUAUUAGCAAUUUCACUGUUAGGAUCCUGUUUUACUAUUGCUAUAAUUUCUGUGUUUGCAUAUUAUAGAAACACCCCGAUUGUUAGGGCGAAUAAUUCUGAGUUGAGCUUUCUGAUUUUAUUCUCACUAGUAUUGUGUUUUCUCUGCUCUGUAGCAUUCAUUGGACAGCCAACAGUGUGGUCUUGCAUGCUACGUCAUACAAUAUUUGGAAUUGCAUUUGUGCUUUGUAUUUCAUGCAUUCUUGGGAAAACUAUAGUUGUGUUGAUUGCAUUUAAAGCUACUCUUCCCGGUAAAAACAUAAUGAAAUGGUUUGGAGCAGUACAACAGAGAGCUAUUAUCUUUCUCUGUACUAUGAUUCAAGUAGUGAUUUGUACCGUGUGGUUAGUUGUCUCUCCACCUUCUCCUGUCAAAACAAUGAACUAUCAAAGUUCCAAAAUUAUAUUGGAAUGCCAUGUGGGAUCUCUGACUGCAUUUAUUUUAGUCCUUGGCUAUAUUGGUUUUCUUUCCAGCUUGUGCUUUGUUCUGGCAUUUUUAGCAAGGAAAUUACCAGAUAAUUUUAAUGAGGCAAAAUUUAUUACAUUCAGCAUGUUAAUUUUCUUUGUGGUAUGGACAGCAUUCAUACCUGCUUAUGUUAGCACACCAGGGAAGUACACAGUUGCAACUGAAAUAUUUGCUAUUUUGUCAUCCAGCUUUGGUCUUUUGGUUUGUUUAUUUUUUCCUAAGUGCUAUAUUAUUUUAAUUAAACCAGAAAAUAAUUCCAAAAAACAUUUGUUAGGCAAAAGAGCAUCUGAGAAAAGAUUUUAA